GCUGCGGUUAGUUUGUGGAGAGAGCUUGUCGCGCCCGGGACGACGCCGGUCAGACCCCAGAAAGCAGAGGCGACCCGGCGCGCCCGGGAGAGGCAGCACGGCCGCGCCUUCGCCCACCUCUGCAGGAUCCGGAGCGCAGAGUGAGUGGGCGUGAGGUUCCGGGUGCCGGGGUGGGACGUUCCUGGACCGCCGUGGUCGGGGCCCAGCGGCCGGAUGCCCGGCGAGGGCGGGCUUCAAAGUACUGACAGAAAGUUUUCAUUUGCCGUGUGCCACCCCCAGAGAGCUAAGUUAUACGCUCGCACCCUGUGCAUGCAAACCUAGCAGUCUUGGCAUCUGACGUGCUGUGUGUAGCUGCUGCUUGUGUUGAAUCCCCAGCGCUUCGCUGGGGCACAAGGUGACAGGAUGUCCCAGUGGUAUGAGCUUCAGCAGCUUGACUCCAAAUUCCUGGAGCAGGUUCACCAACUCUAUGAUGACAGUUUUCCCAUGGAAAUCAGACAGUAUCUGGCACAGUGGCUAGAAAAGCAAGACUGGGAGCAUGCCGCCAAUGAUGUUUCAUUUGCUACCAUCCGUUUUCACGACCUCCUAUCGCAGCUGGAUGAUCAAUACAGUCGCUUUUCUUUGGAGAAUAAUUUUUUGUUGCAGCAUAACAUAAGGAAAAGCAAGCGUAAUCUUCAGGAUAAUUUUCAGGAAGACCCAAUACAGAUGUCUAUGAUCAUCUGUAACUGUCUGAAGGAGGAAAGAAAGAUCCUGGAAAAUGCCCAGAGAUUCAAUCAGGCUCAGGCAGGGAAUAUUCAGAAUACUGUAAUGUUAGACAAACAGAAGGAGCUUGACAGCAGAGUCAGAAAUGUGAAGGACAAAGUUAUGUGUAUAGAGCAUGAAAUCAAGACCUUAGAAGAUUUACAGGAUGAAUAUGACUUUAAAUGCAAAACCUUGCAGAACAGAGAACAUGAAACCAAUGGUGUGGCAAAGAAUGAUCAGAAACAGGAACAGAUGUUACUCCAGAAGAUGUAUUUAAUGCUUGACAAUAAGAGAAAGGAAGUAGUUCACAAAAUAAUAGAGUUGUUGAAUGCCACCGAACUUACCCAGAAAGCCCUGAUUAAUGAUGAACUUGUGGAAUGGAAGCGGAGACAGCAGAGUGCCUGUAUCGGGGGACCCCCCAAUGCUUGCCUCGAUCAGCUGCAGAACUGGUUCACCAUAGUGGCGGAGAGUCUGCAGCAGGUUCGUCAGCAGCUUAAAAAGCUUGAGGAGUUGGAACAGAAAUACACGUAUGAACACGACCCUAUCACAAAAAACAAACAAGCGUUAUGGGACCGCACCUUCAGCCUCUUCCAGCAGCUCAUUCAGAGCUCAUUUGUGGUGGAAAGACAGCCCUGCAUGCCAACUCAUCCUCAGAGGCCAUUGGUCCUGAAGACUGGAGUACAAUUCACUGUGAAGUUGAGAUUGUUGGUGAAAUUGCAAGAGCUGAAUUAUAACUUGAAAGUCAAAGUCUUAUUUGAUAAAGAUGUGAAUGAGAGAAAUACAGUGAAAGGGUUUAGAAAGUUCAACAUUUUGGGCACUCACACGAAGGUGAUGAACAUGGAGGAGUCCACCAAUGGAAGUCUGGCGGCAGAAUUCCGACACCUGCAACUGAAAGAACAGAAAAAUGCCGGUGCCAGAACCAACGAGGGUCCUCUCAUCGUUACUGAAGAGCUUCACUCCCUUAGUUUUGAAACCCAGUUGUGCCAGCCUGGUUUGGUCAUUGACCUUGACACGACCUCUCUGCCCAUCGUGGUGAUCUCCAAUGUCAGCCAGCUCCCGAGUGGUUGGGCCUCCAUCCUGUGGUACAACAUGCUGGUGGCAGAACCCAGGAAUCUGUCCUUCUUCCUGAACCCACCUUGUGCACGAUGGUCUCAGCUUUCAGAGGUGCUGAGUUGGCAGUUUUCUUCUGUCACCAAAAGAGGUCUCAAUGUGGACCAGCUGAACAUGCUGGGAGAGAAACUUCUUGGUCCCAGUGCUGGCCCUGAUGGUCUUAUUCCAUGGACUCGCUUCUGUAAGGAAAAUAUAAAUGAUAAAAAUUUUCCUUUCUGGCUUUGGAUUGAAAGCAUCCUUGAACUCAUUAAAAAACACCUGCUCUGUCUCUGGAAUGAUGGGUGUAUCGUGGGCUUUAUCAGCAAGGAGCGAGAGCGGGCUCUGCUGAAGGACCAGCAGCCGGGGACAUUCUUGCUGCGGUUCAGUGAGAGCUGCCGGGAAGGGGCCAUCACGUUCACAUGGGUGGAGCGGCCCCAGAAUGGCGGUGAAUCUUGCUUCCAUGCGGUUGAACCCUACACAAAGAAAGAACUUUCUGCUGUUACUUUCCCUGACAUUAUUCGCAAUUACAAAGUCAUGGCCGCUGAGAAUAUUCCAGAGAAUCCCUUGAAGUUUCUGUAUCCAAAUAUUGAUAAAGACCAUGCCUUUGGAAAGUACUACUCCAGGCCAAAGGAAGCCCCAGAGCCUAUGGAACUUGAUGGCCCUAAAGGAACAGGAUAUAUCAAGACUGAAUUGAUUUCUGUGUCUGAAGUUCACCCUUCUCAACUUCAGACCACAGACAACCUUCUUCCCAUGUCUCCUGAGGAGUUUGACGAGGUGUCUCGGAUAGUGGGCGCUGUAGAAUUUGACAUGAUGAAUGCAGUAUAAGAGCAUGAAUUUUUCUCAUCUUCUCUGGUGACAUUUUUCCUUCCCACCUGUGAUUCCCUCCUGCUACUCUGUUCCUUCACAUCCUGUGUUUCUAGGGAAACAAAAGAAAGGCCAGCAAAUUCGCUGCAACCUGUUGAUAGCAAGUGGAUUUUUCCCUAAUUCAGAAACAUCUGUUACUCUGAAGGGCUUCAUGCAUCUUAUUGAAGGUAAAAUUGAAAGGCCCUCUCCACAGAGUGGGUUUUACAAAUAAAAAAACAUCCAGAUACACCAAAAACAUCAGAACUAGAAUGAGAGUCCUUUGGGAAAGGUGAAACAUUUAGCAGCAUCUAGCAAAUGCCAUGCCUAGAGUCAGUGCUCAGUUGUUAUAGGUGGUUGGGUAGAUCACACGGUUAUUUAGGCAACUGCUUCAUGCAGGAUUGGCAUAUUUCUAUUCUGGAGAAUUCUUAUUUGUUCUCUCUGCUUUAAAUGUGGCUAGAAGUUUUCCAAUGGUUUGCCUAUGAAAUAGUGAAAAGUUAAGUUUAUAUAGAAUUACAUCACCUCUUUAUUGAAGGUAGCCAUCCUGUGUCUGGGCAGAGGACAAAAGUUGUGUUCUUUAUUAUAUCUUCCACACUAGCCAUUGAAAGCUAGAGACAAAUUCUCUCUCGGGAGAAUUAGUUUUUCUGUUUGUUAUGGCUUUAUGAUACUGGCCAAUAUCAAAUGGAAGGAAGUAAACUUUCCAAAUUCGUGAGUAGUGUUUUCCGUUUAAACUUUAAUAUCCAAAGCUGAAUAUAUUCUGCCUUCAUCACGGUCACUAGUAAAUGAAAUUGUCUUCACAGUUCUAUCAAGGGAGCCAAACUAUUAACAGCUCUCUUAAGGUAAAUCCUGUUAUUUUUCAAAAAGUUGAAAUUAAUUGUAGAUGUAGACAAACUCAGAAGUUUAAUGCAUGUUUCUUAAAUGGGUUCACUUGUCCUUAUUGUUAUUAGCUGGUAUUUAGUCUUAGUCAUAAAAUUUUCAAAUUGAGAAGAGAAGAUAGUAACUGACAAAUCAUUAACCAGAGAUUAUGAGAGUCAAAUAAUUUGAAAACUCACCCUGUGUAACUGCAUUGAGAAUUGCGUAUUUUUCACUGAUAAAUGUGUUUCUCUCACAAAUACAUUGCAAAUGGUUCCACUG